ACCCGCCGAGCCGCCGCGCCGGCAGCUUUCCGCUGCCCAUCGCCACAGAGACAAGAAGACGACAUUCCACUCAGGAUGUGCUAUGUGAACCCGCCAACUUGCACCAUCUCAGACCCGCCGAAAAACAGGCUUAUUGAAGUUCAUUCACCUGAUGCCAAGCACACCGUGGUGCUCAGGAGUAAGGAUUCAGCUACAGCCCAGGCCUGGUUCAAUGCCAUCCACACAUGUGUCAAUGAGCUCAACCCCAGGGUGAUUGCAGAGGUCAGAGACCAGCUGGGUAAAACAGGAAUUGCUGGAAGUCGAGAAAUUAGGCAUCUGGGCUGGCUUGCAGAAAAGGUGCCAGGAGACAACGAGAAGCAGUGGAAGCCAGUGCUGGUGGUCCUGACUGAGAAAGAUCUCUUAAUAUAUGAGAGCAUGCCACGGAUGAAGGAAGCCUGGUUCAGUCCUCUGCAUACCUACCCACUGCUGGCCACCAGGUUGGUGCAUUCUGGCCCAGGAAAAGGCUCACCACAGUCCGGGGUGGAUUUGUCUUUCGCAACUCGUACGGGUACAAGGCAAGGGAUAGAGACCCAUCUGUUCAGGACAGAGACCAGCAGAGACCUCUCACUGUGGACGAGGAGCAUAGUGCAGGGCUGCCACAAUUCUGCAGAGCUCAUCACAGAGAUCACCACAGCUUGCACAUAUAAAAGCCAGGAGUGUCGUUUGACCAUCCAUUAUGAACAUGGAUUCACUCUUACAACUGAACAGCAAGACGGUGCCUUCUCUAAGACAAUUGCACAAUAUCCCUAUGAAAAACUGAAAAUGUCCUCAGAUGAUGGUAUAAGGAUGCUUUAUUUAGACUUUGGAGGAAAGGAUGGAGAAAUUCAACUGGACCUUCAUUCCUGUCCAAAACCAAUUGUGUUCAUCAUUCAUUCCUUCCUGUCUGCAAAGAUUACAAGACUUGGCUUGGUGGCUUAAGUGGGAUACAUCUGUUUCUUCAAAGAAAGUCAGAGGGACCAUGCUUAUCAGAAGUAGUCAACAGCAGCAACAUGCACCACUUAGCAGCGUACACCAGCCUGGGGUUCAGCACCAGACCUUGGUCAUUUCUGCAGUCUUCCAAGGCUCAGGUUUCAUUUUGAUCAGCUAAAGAGGUGGAAUGACAAAAUAACCCAGUGGAUUUCAUUGUAAAUAAUGGGAUUUUUUAAAAUUCCUAGCAGAUAGUAAAAGCGUGUGGUAUCAUACAUGUAAAUGUUUCAGAAUCAUAACCUGUGCCUAUUUCAAUGUAUUUGUUUAUAAAGAAUAAGUAAAGGGCUAAGCAGACAAGAGUGGGUGUUGAUUGUGAUGCAAGCUCAAGGUUGAUUGAGUAGAGGUUCCCCAAAAAAGAUGGUCCCAGCACCCAGAAGUGAAAUAUUUUUUUGAGGUAACCUUUGCAUCACUUAGAGAAAACUCUUCUUUUGGGGCACCAUCAGAACCCGUUGCUUGAAUACCCAUCAGAGCAUGCAACUAUGCACCUUUGAGUCAGAUAUUCUAAAGUGAUGGUACUGUGGCCAGAGAACAGCUGGGGGGUUCCUGCCAAGGGGCACUUUCAAAUUAAAUGCUAAAGGCAUCCUGCAUACAUUCCCAGUGAUGGGCCCAAAACAAGAGUAGAUGUAGCAAUGUUUUCAGAGCUGGCUGCCAGUGGGGUGGAGGUAGGAACAUCCUUUGUUAAUGAACACACAGGAUCUAUUUUUAUAAUGAUUGUCCAGCAUGGCUCUAUUAGUUUCAGCUACCUGGGACCUCUGGCUGAGGUAAAAGCUACCCAAGCCCAUGUUGAAGUGUGACCUAGCAUUCUGCCAUCAUGUUUCCAUGACAAUUUUUGCAACAGGUAAUGCUGAGUUUCCUGUCCUCUAACCACUACUCCCUUACUCCCUCAACUCUGCUGAGGCUGUUUGUGUGCUCCUCACAGAAGAAGAAUGGGAAGGAGGAGGAGUUGUUUUGAGAGGUUUGUAGAUUAGAUCAGCCAAGUUAUUCAGGCAACUUUGUACCAGUGAGGAAACACACUGGGGCAGGAACAUGAGCUACACUCCCAGAGAAGCCUUAAUGUGGAACUGCUCCUAUAAGCAUGACUUGGCAAGCCCAGAUUUAGUCCUUGCUGGUAAAUUAUAUGAUGGUCACCUCUGUACCCAUAACUUACUUGUUCCUGUUUUGCACCACAGCUUACUUACUGUUUUAAGUCAAAACAUUCAACUCACCACAUUUUGGCCUUGUUCACAGUUAUAGUGGGCACAAAGCAGGCAGGAACACUGACCUUGACUGAUGGAGAUCAUACACACACUCAAACCUGGAACUACUAAAUUGAUUUAAUUUGGGUGGGUGGGAAUACAAAGAAGCAAAACAGAACUGCUUCAUAUAAGGGUGGUUUUUUUCUUUGCUUUUAGAAUUUUGCUCUAAAUUCACACUUUGAACAGGAGAAACUGCAGGAAGUAAUAAAUGCAAUAUUUCUAGAAGUUUCUUGGUCAUAUUGCAAGACAUUUUAUUCUUGAGAAAGCACACAAGUUUCAAGUUAAUGUUACUUGACUGGUGAAGUUUGGUUCCAUGUUGGUUUGAAGUCAAGUCUUGAGAACUAAGCACAUAUUGUGCUGUUUAUUCACUGUGUAGGAAUUUGUGGUGGCUUCUGCAGAUAUCUUGAUCAUCAAAACUAAUUAAAAAGUUAAGAUGAUGGGCUUGAUUUGCAAAUACUGAAAAUGGUCAUUGAAGAAUAGCUAAAUUACCAUUUGGAAGAGGAGCCCCACUCCUAGCACCACACCAGUCAAAAGCAAGCCAUGGAGGGAAUUCACCUACCUUUGAACUUUGCUUUUACUGUCAUGGUACUUGCACUUAAAAUGAAUUCCUUGUGCAAAUUCACAAGGUCAGAUAUAACCUCUUACCUAACUUAUCAGUGAUUUCCAAAUGGACAUUUCUGAUUCAGGAACUGCUGCCAUUCACAUAACUUUCUGUGGCAGUUACUUGGGUCUCCUGUGGCUUGAAAGCUUCUUGGAGAGCAUCUUUGGAGAAGCUGAGAGCAGCUGGCACACGGUGGGACUGGGUCAUUGAGUAUGGACUCACAUCAUAUGUAAAACAUUGUGUGAAGUUUCUAAAAAGUGAUUCAAGACUUUCUUAUUGCUGUUCAACAUAAAAAUUUGGCAGGAUCCUAUAAAAGUUCCAGAUGUUAAAGUGAAAACUUGCAUACUGUGGGUAGGCUAAAUAUGUAUGUAAACUAUACUGCACUAUUUCCUUAUUCCUUUAACACUUACAAAUCACUGGAAUGUUAUACUUAACAUGUAUGUGCAUUGUAAAUUUUACAAAUUCCUAUAUUAGUACCAACAAUUAAAUGACACAAUAUGUAAUCUAAGGUGCUCAGUACUAUAUGAAGUAUAAGUGAAUAACUAAACAGUUUGCAAAGAAAAUUCCUAUUAUAUAUAUUUAUAGAAAAAUCAUGGUAAUUACAGAUGCUAUUUCUUCAUUUUCAGAUUUUGAAUUGAUUCAUAUUUGGAUGGGAUAGACAAAUGAAAUAUGGACCUACUCCACAUUUAUAAGAGUAUAGUGAAUAUUUAUAUUUUAGAGGAAAAGAAUAUAUUUAAUAAAGUCAUUUAUUG